GAAGAGGUUACAAGCGCUACCGGAGCGCAGACAUGUCAAGCAAGUACUUUUGCUAAUAGUGUUGUACAUAAGAGUUAUCCAAAUUUAAAUAUUCGCUUACCGUUGUAAACCUCGACAGCUUCCAUUUGGUGGAAUAAACGCCAGUAAACCUCACGGGACGAGGAUACGUGUUAUCUUCAUCAUUCGACCAACUUGUCGGCUCGAAGUGUCGAAGCCGCAAAAAGUAACUCCAUAUUGUUAUGUCUUCGGUCGGAGACUUCGGAAACCCUUUGAGGAAAUUCAAACUGGUUUUUCUCGGGGAACAGAGUGUGGGGAAAACAUCCCUGAUAACCAGGUUUAUGUAUGACAGCUUUGACAACACCUACCAGGCCACAAUAGGAAUAGAUUUCCUUUCAAAAACGAUGUAUCUUGAGGACAGAACGAUCAGAUUGCAACUAUGGGACACAGCAGGACAAGAGCGUUUCCGUAGUCUCAUCCCAAGUUACAUCAGAGACUCAGCUGCCGCUGUUGUCGUGUAUGACAUUACAAAUGUCAAUUCUUUUCAGCAAACCACAAAAUGGAUUGAUGAUGUGAGGACAGAGAGAGGGGGUGAUGUCAUUAUUAUGUUGGUCGGAAACAAGACUGACCUUGCAGACAAAAGGCAAGUGUCUAUUGAAGAGGGUGAGCGGAAAGCCAAAGAACUCAACGUUAUGUUUAUCGAGACUAGUGCGAAAGCAGGAUACAACGUAAAGCAGCUUUUUCGUCGUGUGGCAGCUGCCCUCCCUGGCAUGGAUACCACACAGGACAAGAGUAAAGAGGACAUGAUCGACAUUAAGAUAGAGAAAACACUGGAUCAACCUAUCACUGAAGGAGGCUGCUCCUGCUAAUGGCACCUGCUGGUUCCGUCUCUGCCUCCUAACCACACAGAUAACCCAUUGACACAAUACUACAUGUUUCAUCCUCACUAUCAACUCCAGCCGUCGUGAAUAUGUCUGGACCAAACUGUGUUAUUACAAAUACAAAGUCACAUGUUUAAAUGAGAGAAAAUCCACUGCUGCCUUGUUUCCCAAAAUGCAUGUGGUGGCACAACAUCAAGACAAGCUCCCAUCAUUUAAAUGAUUGUCUUCAGUCACACAGCUGGUCCACUGGUAUGGUGUUGCGUUUAGUCCAAGGACUAUGUUAAUUACAGUUUUUAAAAACCUUGAUAGUAGUGUGUUAGGCAUGAUUAGUCUAUAAGUCUACAUUAAGUAUUUCCUGUGUGACUGUAGGACUUAAAUUGUAGAGUUUUCAUUGUAUUUUGAGUUGGGAUUGUCUUUGUUUUACCCAGGUUUAUGGGGAAGUGUUGGGACAUGGCAAUAAUAAACCUAAGGAUGUAGGUCCAGUGAAACAGGUGAAAGAGAUAAAAUAUGUAAUAGUUCACAGAAUCUGGAUGGUUGAUCAUUUCUCUAUAGAAUUAUCAGUGAGCCUUCAAACAGAUGUUCAACAGGUGUCACUUUCUACAUUUUUACAUUUUACUGAGAGAUUGUUGUAAAGUUUUCUAUUCAAAAACAGAUGAAUCACUGCCCACUUGAUUGUUAAAGAUUUGCUGUCUUUGUUUUUUCAUAUAGAUUUUGUCUUUUCUUGGUGAUUAGUCAUAUUUAAUCCCCAAUGGUGAUAUUUAUUAUGUUGGUUUAAUUCCUUUAUCUUUGCUUUGUUAAUAUGUUCACUUGUCCUAAUGUCCAACAGUACUAAUACAACAUACGUUCAACUGGAACAACUACAUGGAGGUCUGCUGCUCUAUAAUGAAUGGCAGUUUGGCCUUUCUGCUAAUAAUGUGCAAUUUGUGAGUACUUAUGGAAAAGAGUGUCAAUUGUAUAGGAUGGUAUAAUUGUCUUGACUGAUUUUGUCAGAUACGGUUUUAAAUAAAGAUACUUUUCACCUUCUGGUCUAA